AUGAAGUGCACGUCCUUUCUUCCACUAACCAUCUUGCUCGCACCUGCUGCAGCCAAAGUCUACACGGGCUUCAACUACGGCGGCUUCUGGGGCGAGCAAAGCAAUAUCAAGCGAUAUGCCGACUUCCACCACGGCUUUGAGCUAGCAAAAAAUCUCACCAACGCCCCAGUGCCCUUCGACAGUGCGCGUCUGUACACUUGUAUUACCACGGGCUCCAAAGACGACCCCACAGAGGCGUUUCAAGCGGCCAUCGACACUGGCACGAACCUGUUGCUGGGCAUGUGGGUUUCGCCCAAGGCGACCGGCCAGCCAAAUGACGUACAAGUAGAGAACGAGCUUGCUGCACUGAACAAGGGCUUCGCGCAGCACGGCCAGCGGCUCGCAGAUCUCGUCAUCGGCUUGUCAGUUGGCAACGAGGAUGUCUACCGCUUCAAUAAUGCACAAGUUGGUAUCGCCAGCGACAAUCUCCUGCUCACCAUCAAGAGCGUCCGCGAGAAGAUUGCGGCUUCGCCGUAUGCCAAGUACAUGGAAGGUAAGCCCAUAGGGCACACUGAUACAGCACACUACGCCGUCGUACCUGGAAGUGACUUCGUCGGCAUGACAGGAUACCCAUAUUGGGAAGGCCACUCCAUUGACAAUGCAAACAUCAGCUUCAUGUCUCUUUUGAAAGACACACAGCGACGCGCAGGCACUAUACCAGUCUGGAUCUCAGAGAUGGGCUGGCCCAUUAAUGGCACCCAGAUCAAGCAGGCUGCCGCCAGCGCAGACAAUUACCAACGAUACUGGAACGAGGUAGGUUGUCAGGUGUUUGGCAAGUAUAACACAUUUUGGUUCGGGCUGCUCCAGGACUCGCAGCCUGACCAGCCAGACUGGGGGCUUCUGGAUACGAAGACUCAUCAGCCGCGGAUCAGAGAUCUGAGCUGCGGCGGCAGGAGCAACAUGACUGCGCCUGCAGCUGUACGACCGCUCUCAUCAAGUUCGGCUCGUUCCACCUCACUUGCCUCCCCACUUUCGUCUUUGUCGGCUCUUCUACCUCCUUCCUCCCCCAUGCCAGCUCCUCCACCAUCGACACUCCUGACAGUGACUACGCCCGCACUUGUAUCACAACCAGCAUCACCACCACCAGUUUCGCAGUCCCCGACAUCCGCCUCAUCGAUUCACUCUCCAUCCAGUCUACCAUCAUCAACCGCCUCAGCACCUCCACCACGCACUACCUCUCCACCAGCCACUGUCACUCCCUCUCCAUCCACCGAUGCAGGCUGCGUUGUCGUCAACGGCAAAACUUGGGUAGCUGCGUGGGAUGAACACGGAAAAAAGCAUAUCUCAGGUACAGGUCUCGAGUGCCCUGCCAUACCUACGUCUCCACCAAACGUCGAACCACCUUCACUUCUGAUCCUCACCGAGUCUCUGGAAGAGUGGAAGACCCAAUCAUGGGCAGCUCCAAUCCCACCACCAGUAUCCACAUCAUCUCAACCCACAGCCCUAGCAGCCAUGCCCUUCCCGAGUCCGACUGCAGCCUCGACCCUAUCAAGCGUGUCCACAAGCGCACCGACGAGCAUACCGACGUCGAGUAUUCAACGAUCACCCGGCCCUGCUGUCCCCAAAGACCCAACUGAGGAACAGCUCGACCUUGGACUCCAAGGCGGACCUCGCCCAACGCCCCUCGGACUAGCCAACAAUCCCGUCUCCGUCAUGACACCCCUAGGCUUCCCCACCAGGCCUGUUCAGUUGAUUCCAGUUCCGAGUGAUCAUGUAGGUUUCUUCCACUCACUGCAG